AUGGAUAAUAGCUCUCUAUCCCUCCACGUCCCCAGCUCCAUCAGGGUUAAAGAACAGCAAGAGAAACGUAAGGCAGAGCAGAGCCAGAAGAUUUCAUCUUUUGGUCCAGGAGACUUAGUGUGGGUUAGAUGUAUUCGCCGUGGCAUAAUUAAGUGGGUGCCCGGACAGAUAGAGUCUGUAGAGUCAAGUGUGUCCUACAAUGUGCAAGUAAAGGACCGAGUUCGUCAGGUGUCUUCAUCUCACCUGCGACCCCGCUCUCCAGGGGCAAAUUGCAUUGAAGAAGAUCCUUUAGCUGGAAUACAGCCGACAAACCCUCAAAUUCCGGAGGGAAUGCCUCCAGUCAUUCCACCAGUUGUGAUUUUGGAGCAGCCUGCCCCCAGUACACCUGCAUCACCGGUAGUGGAGCCCAUUGUUCCUGAGACUCCAAAGAAAACACCAGUCAUUCAAGAUACUCCAAGAACUCCAGUCGUAGAUGUUCCCAAGACUCCAGUCCGUCCAGCCCCAGAAGUCAAGAAUACCCCAAAGGUGGUUAAACAACCACAAGCUCCAGUAGUGGAGGACGCUCCGGUCUUCUCCAGGAAGGGAAGACAAAUCAUUCGUCCAAAACGACUGUUAGAUUAA